UAACUCAAAGUCAAAGCAUGCAUCCACUAGAAAGUGGAAACUCAUUGUUCUUGCGUCUCAAUGCGACCAACCCAUCGAAAUUAAGCUCGUAACGUUGCCACAAUUUCUAGAGCUAGAACUUAAAACCGUCAAUAAAAGAGCACCCAAAAUCGGAAAGCCCUAAGCUCAUGCAAUAUUCAAUUAUUCAUGCUAUUUAUAACAUUGGUGGGAAAGGUACGUCUUCAAGACUUGUAUAUGUCUCCCAGGUAAGUAAGCUCCUCAUCACAUAUCUAAAACAAACCCUUCCAAAACCAAGACAAUACUUCAAAGGUUCAUUCCAAUGGCAUCCUCGUCAAGUUUUGUUCAUUUGGUAAAUCUAGGUUUAGUUUUAGUACUACUUGGCUUUAUUGUCCCUAGAAGUGAAGCCAGGCCAAGAGCAUUCUUUGUGUUUGGAGAUUCGCUUGUUGACAAUGGAAACAACAACUAUUUGCAAACCAUUGCUCGUGCUAAUGCCCCUCCUUAUGGAAUUGACUACCCAACUCAUAGAGCAACUGGACGCUUCUCUAACGGCUUCAACAUUCCUGAUUUUAUCAGUCAGGAACUUGGUGCUGAGUCUACAAUGCCUUACUUGAGCCCGGACUUAACGAGAGAGAAUCUCUUAGUUGGUGCCAAUUUUGCUUCCGCUGGCGUUGGAAUCCUUAACGAUACAGGAGAUCAGUUUAUGAACAUAAUUAAAAUGCAUCAACAACUAGAAUAUUUUAAAGAGUACCAACAACGACUGAGUGCUCUAAUUGGUGUCCCACGAACUAAAAGACUCGUGAAUCAAGCGUUGAUUCUCAUCACCGUUGGUGGCAAUGACUUUGUAAACAACUACUUCCUAGUGGAUUCUACUGCAAGGUCUCGUCAAUAUUCACUCCCGGACUAUGUCAAGUUUCUCAUCACUCGCUAUAGCAAGCACUUGCAGAGGCUAUAUGAUCUGGGAGCUCGGCGAGUUCUUGUGACAGGGACAGGGCCAUUGGGUUGUGCCCCUGCAGAAUUGGCUAUGCGAGGCAAAAAUGGAGAAUGUUCUGCUGAUCUACAACGUGCUGCAGCAUUGUACAACCCUCAAUUAGAGCAAAUGCUACUUGAACUCAACAAGAAACUUGGCAGCGACGUUUUCAUUGCUGCAAAUACAGCACUCAUGCACAAUGACUACAUCACCAAUCCCAAUGCUUAUGGAUUUAAUACAUCAAAAGUAGCUUGUUGUGGACAAGGACCCUACAAUGGUAUGGGGCUAUGCUUGCCAGUCUCCAACCUAUGCCCCAACCGAGAAUUGCAUGCAUUUUGGGAUCCAUUCCAUCCAACUGAAAAGGCAAACAAACUUGUUGUAGAACAAAUUAUGUCAGGUUCUACAAAGUAUAUGAAGCCUAUGAACCUCAGCACAAUUCUGGCCUUGGAUGCUCGAGCACAUUCGUGAAGAUUAAUUACAAAUUAACCUAAUAAUGAAUAGUUUGUUAUCACUAACUUGGUCCUCAAUGCCAAUGCAUGAUAGCUCUUACUGUAAUUGGAUUUGUUGUUUGUAUGGAAUCAAUUAACUUGUGUAAUUUUCGUAAUGUAUCCAUGAUUGGAGCUUGAAAUCUCAUCAAGCUAUUACUUAAUUGUUUUGACUUUCAAAGAUAGAAA